UGUCAUUCUCAUUUGUUGUGUGUACGGACUGUCAGAUUUUUAUUCAGUAAUUAAAUUAAACUUUUAGAGAUAAAAAAUACAAAAAGUUAUAUUUCAACCCUGUACCCUGCUGUAAAUAAAUAAACUAAUAACGCGAAUACAUAUUAAAACAAGUUAAAAUGUGAAGUAUUACAAAAGUAAACAAUAUAUUAUUAUCAGAACACGUUAUACUCAGAAUUAUACCUAUUAUCAGAGCAAGAGAGUAAUAAAAUUAACAUUUAAAUUGAUACACAGGUGUUGUCCAAAAACCAUAAUAUUGCCAAUUACAAUGAGGUCUGACAUAGAAAAGGAAGCUGGGACGUGGUUACUUAAGAGAUAUGGACAGUUUUUCAAAUCACAAUUUCAAGAUCUAGUGUCUACAACAAAAGAUGAGUUCUGGGAAGAGAACAAAACCUAUUUACCUAUACAAGUGGCAAUGACAACUGGCGAACUUAUUCCUGUAACAGACCUGGUAUCAUCCGAUAACACUUUGAUGACCAAAGUAUUGAGUGUGCUUACUUCACUGUGCACUGAAGUUGUUGCUCUCAAGAAAGAAGCAUUUGAAAAGCAUUUCAAUUUUUUAUCUGUGUAUGAGGAAUACAAUAACAAUGAUAUCAGCAAACAAAUGGAAUCAAUUUGUGCACUAAGUGCCUUCACUAGCCGCUGUGAUGAUGUGCUACGUAAUCUGUGCAGCCAAGUCUUUGCUAUAUUCACUAAAAGUGCCAUAAAUAUUAAUGGAAUUCAACUGCACUACAUUAUAAAUCACAUUGGAGAAUUAUUUACCCUAAUUGUUUUGUUAGAAGUGUUAAUAUCCAACACAUCUCUAGUAACAAAUUGGAAUAAAUAUUGCAAAACUAUAAAAUCCUUCAGCCAUGCACCAGAAAACCUGGAUUUGAUGGAGGAUAAGUUCAAGGCUGUAGUUGGAGCUUUAAAUACUGUGACAAGUAAAAUUAUGAAUGAUGACAUUGUACACAGAAGCCUUCAAAACUUGACUGUAUUAAGGGGAAGUUUGGUUGACAAAAAUUGUGCAUUGGUAGCUGCAGAAUUUACUAAGUAUAUAAAACAAGCAAUUACAAAUCUAGACAAACUUGUGCAAGAGCAGCCCAAUGUUAGCAAUCUGUACAAAUGUAUCAAAGUGAAUGGGCUUUUUGUACUGUCUGCACAUUUGUUUGGCACUAAUGAUAAAAAGAUUUUCAAAGCAUUAAUGGAAUUAAACACAAAGGCACAUAGUGUAAACAUCAUUGGCACCACAGUUUGGUUUCCUGAGCAGUUCCUUCAAAGGCAUGUUGCAUCACAAUUUGCAAAACACGACAAAAUAUCUCAAACUAUGGUCAAAGCUAGACAAGCUUAUAUCAGCAUGAAGAAGGCCACCUUGGCAAAAGACAUUGCAAAUCUACAUCUUGUGUGUACACAGUGGGUCCUUUCAAUUGAAGAAAUAUUUUCAUCUAACCAUCACAAGUUGAGUGCUGCUGAAAUGAGCUUACAUGCAAAAACACUUAUGACAGGCCUAGACAUAGCUUCAACAACAAACCAUUCAGUGCUCACUUUAAUUAAUUUACAUCUCACCCUGGGUAUACCACUACCUAAAAGCAUGUUAUUAUCAUUGUUUGAAAUUAUGUACAUGCUAAAGACUUUGAAAAAUGCAGUGAGCCGUAAUAGAAACCAAAUAAUCAUUUCAAUCAACAUGAUAUUACAACAUCUUGUGUUUCAAUCAACAUCAUCUAUACUUGAAGUAAAGAAAUCUUUAAUGACUGAUAAAAAUUAUGCAAACAAGAGGCUUGAUGAGCUGACAUGUCUAGUGAUUGCUGAAAGAGCUCUCAAAGGCGCUGCUACAGUCAAAAGGAAUAUAGCAGCUAAUAUUGCGUUGAGCUUUGUCCCUGACACCACAUAUUUAGAAGACAGUUACACUCGACUUGGGAAACUCCUAGAGAAAAUCCAGACUUUAUCAAGUUUUAUACAAACUAUGGAUAGUCUAUGCAAUUGCUCUUGGCUCCUGUGGCAUCAGAAUAUCAUACCAAUUUAUUUUGAACAGAACUUUAGUAUGCAGUUGAAUACCUUGAAAUUAAAAUAUUUUCUGAUGGUGUUAGAGGAUUGCGUCGUGCUAUUGCAUCACACUGAUAAAUAUUAUGGAACCACUAAGUAUGAACAGUUUUUAAACAAUAUGAAAACUAUGAUACAAAACAAAAUAAUACUGAGUGCAAGUCAAAAUAUAGAGACGAAUUUAAGACUUCAUAUUCACUCUCAUCUUCAGCUAGAUGUGAUUAAUCCGUUCACCUUUGACAUGACGAAAAAAUUAUUACUUACUAUAGAUAACUUCAGGAUGUUUUUUGUUUACAUGUCUGUUGUACCUUCAGUAGAACACUACUUAUCAACUAUGUAUUACAAUUUAACAACUGUUGUGCUAUCAGAUUGGAAGACUUAUGGAGAAAUGCGUCAAAUGGCAAAAUUCAAAUUUAACUUGAAGACUGUUCAGGAUAAUCUUCCCACACAGACCUUGGAACAAGGUUUAGAUGUAUUAGAAAUAAUGCGGAAUAUCCACAUAUUUGUUUCAAAAUACUUAUAUAAUUUAAAUAACCAGAUAUUCAUUGAAAAGAGCAGUAACAACAAACAUCUCAAUUCAAUAAACAUCAGGCAUAUUGCCAACUCCAUUAGAACACAUGGCACUGGUAUCAUGAAUACAACUGUGAAUUUUACUUAUCAAUUUUUAAAAAAGAAGUUUUUCAUAUUUUCUCAAUUUAUGUACGAUGAGCACAUCAAGUCCAGGCUUAUAAAAGACCUAAGAAACUUUAAAGAAAGUGCCGACGCCAAUGGAAACAUGUAUUCUUACAAAAAUGCAGAGAAAUUUAACAAGGGGAUAAAAGUGCUUGGCUUGAACGAAGAAGGGCUAAGUUACUUAGACCUCUUUCGUGACCUCAUUAGUCAAAUUGGUAACGCGAUGGGAUACGUUAGAAUGAUCAGAUCUGGAGGGAGACAUUGCUGCUCUGAUGCCACAAUGUUUCUACCAAACCUUGAUAACGUCGAAUCGUUCAAACAACUCAGUGAAGAGAGUGAUCUUGGAUCUAGAACGAUUCAGUCUUCUGAGAAUCUUGAUCAUAAUAUCAAUGAUCUUAUUUCCAAUUUUAUUCAAGGCACAGAGUAUUUUAAGUUACUAGUUGAUGUAUUUGCACCUGUAUUUCGUAAUCCAAAAAAUGUUCAUCUGAAGAAUUUCUACAUUAUAAUUCCGCCACUAACUUUAAACUUUGUUGAACAUAUGAUAUUGUCGAAAGACAAAAUGUCGAAGAAGAAUAAAGUUGGCGCAGCAUUUACUGACGAUGGCUUUGCAAUGGGUAUUGCAUAUAUUAUGAAACUUCUCGACCAGUCACCAAACUUUGAAGGGCUUCAUUGGUUUGAUUCUGUUUGGAAACACAUCAAUGAUGAAAGGAAACAACUGCAGGAACAACAACAUAAGGGCUCUGUACAGCUACAACAAGCUUUGGCAUUAACUGAAAAGAAAAUCAAAACUUUAGAAGAAGAGUUUAAGUUGUUGUACUACAGUCUAACAAGUGCUAGAAUAUUUUUCAGAUAAGAUCUGAGUAAGAUAUAUUGGAAAGCAGUGCUAGCGUAAGGGCCACUGACACCCUGGGCGAAAAUAUUGUGGCG